UAAUGGAAUGGUUCUCAUCAAGUUGAGACUAAAUAAUAAGAUUCCAGUCCAUGUUAUUUUUUCCCCGUUGCUGUUGUUAAUGUGUUUUCGAGAAAUUUCCAGCUUUUCUGUGACCCUAAGGCAAACUUUUGCAGAGAUUUUAGGGGGUGGCCGAUUGCUGCAAUUUCCCCUCGAGCCAAAUAUAACCCAAAUGCUCGUAAAACAAUAUAGCUUGGGUUAUUGCAUGCCUCUUCAUUUUUACAACACCUAAGCAAAACACCUUUAUGACAGGUCAAGAGGUUUUGCAACUUCUAGCAACCGGGAAGAUUGGAUUUGUUUGCCUUGGGAGCAAGGAAUGUCUUAUCCUGGAAACCACACAACAACACUUCAGUGAUUCUGGCCAUGAAAGCAUUUUGACAAUAUAUUCAACUAACAAGGUUCGGGAUUCUGGGAGCGGGAUUGGACCCCUUGUGAUGAUUUUCCCAUCCUUGGGUUCUUCGAGCCUCCUGCCAUCGAUCCCAUCCCAAUAGAUCGAGUGUCAAGUUUAUGAUCGUCAUAAACCUGACAAGCGGCUGUAAAGAUUUGCAAGGGCAUUCCUUGUUGAUCUUCUGAGUUGUUUCCCCCACUGUCAUCUGCCAACAAUCCGCAGCAACGAGAGACCAUAAACCGUCCAAGUCUGUGCCAUGAUACCAAAGUUAUUCAAUAACCAGGCGGCGAAUCCUUUAAAAAUCCAGGUUGGCGGCUGUCUAGCCAGCAGUCUCGAUCCUCUGGAUAGAGCUCAUCAUGAACGCCUACCUGGUUGCCGUUGUCUGCUUGUGUUCCUUGGUCACCUUCUCCAACGGAGUCACCGUCAAGGUGGAGGACUUCUCGUUCUCUUUGGAGUCUGUGAAGCAGCUGAAGUUCGUCAUGGAUGCCGUGCCCAGAAGUCCCCGCCUGCGCUCCAGCCGAGUCCCAUAUGUGUGCUCCAACCCAUUGCUGCCGGCGGAGAUUAAGCCACUUUGUUCCAGCCCCAAAGCGCCCCGUCUGGUCCCACAACUAGUGAGCAUCGCCAGAGAUUCCGCCAUCUGCGAGAUCUGUGCCAACGUGGCCUGUUCUGGUUGCUAAGGAGAGAGACCUUCCCGCCAUUUCUUCCGGCUUCAACGAGGAUCUCGACGGCUUGCCUCUUCUGUCCUUGAUGCCUACACUUCAUCCCUCCCGGGUGGAAGAUACUUAACUUUCCGAAGAACCUUCCAAUACGCAGAAAGAAAUGGAAUAGUCACACCGAGCUUUGCAAUGCGAGGACUCCUUUGUACUCCUUCCUAUGGAAACGAGGCAAUUUCUCCCUAUAACGAAGUGUUAUGACCAUGAACUUUGAUGGAAAUGGUGUCGUGAAGUCAUAGAGAGGAACUCGCUAUCCCGUUCUCUCCCCCCCCCCCCCACUCUUUCUUUGUCUUCCCCUUUCGGCUUAGGUUGCAACCAUCUAUGAUAUUUUUAUGGGGUCAAUCUGUAUCGUGGUUCAGUUUUUCACUAUCUAUUGUGUGAGUGUCAUUAUUCUAAAAUUAAAGUAUGGGCCAUUCUGCCCUAAACCC